GUCCGCCCCUUUAAAACUUCCCGCUCGAUUUGGCAGAGCGGGCGACAGCGGAGGCAAAAAAAAAAAACAUUUUAACCUCGCCAUACAUUUUCAAACGGGGUGAACAGGUUGUACCCGUUGCUCAGUCUGUUCCCAGAAUGCCUCGCAUCGAGAACGACAUCAAGCUGGAUUUCAAGGAUGUGCUCCUUCGUCCUAAACGCAGCACACUCAAGUCUCGGAGUGAGGUGGACCUAAUGAGGAGCUACACCUUCAGGAACUCCAAGGGCAACUACAGGGGGAUCCCAAUCAUUGCUGCUAACAUGGAUACUGUUGGGACCUUCGACAUGGCUUUAGCUUUGAACCAGUUCACCCUCUUCACUACCAUCCACAAACACUACUCUGUGGACGACUGGAAGGAGUUUGCAGCAAAGCAUCCAGAAUGCCUACAGAGUGUAGCAGUCAGCACAGGGACCGGUGACGGGGACUUUGAGAAGAUUUCGGCCAUCUUGGAAGCAUUGCCCCAGCUUCAAUAUAUCUGUGUGGAUGUGGCUAAUGGCUACUCUGAACACUUUGUCCACUUUGUCAAAGACGUCAGGCAGAAGUUUCCAUUGCACACGAUCAUGGCAGGAAACGUGGUGACAGGAGAAAUGGUGGAGGAGUUGAUCCUGGCUGGCGCUGACAUCAUCAAAGUAGGAAUCGGACCAGGGUCGGUGUGCACCACUCGCAAGAAGACGGGGGUCGGAUAUCCGCAGCUGAGUGCGGUGAUCGAGUGUGCAGACGCAGCCCAUGGCCUGGGAGGACACAUCAUCUCCGACGGAGGAUGUACUUGUCCAGGAGAUGUCUCAAAGGCUUUUGGAGCCGGGGCGGACUUUGUGAUGCUUGGCGGGAUGCUGGCCGGCCACUCCGAGAGCGGAGGAGAGAUCAUCGAGAAGAACGGCACAAAGUAUAAGCUGUUCUACGGCAUGAGCUCCGACACAGCCAUGAAGAAACACGCCGGGGGCGUCGCCGAGUACAGAGCGUCCGAGGGGAAGACGGUGGAGGUUCCUUACAAAGGCCCGGUGGAGAUGACGGUCAGGGACGUGCUGGGUGGGGUCCGCUCCACCUGCACCUACGUGGGGGCGGCCAAGCUGAAGGAGCUGAGCCGCAGGACGACUUUCAUCCGGGUCAACCAGCAGCUCAACACUGUUUUUGGCAAUGACAGCUAAGCUGGCGUCUGGACCGCGGGGCCCCGUCGAUCUCACAGUCACCACACACACACCUGCAUACGAACAUACAUGCAUACCAGAUAUCUUUAUGUCCUUUGUACUGGCCACAUGAAUCUGCCGUGUGGUUAAAAACAACCAUCAAGGUCAGUGCAGCAGUUUUUUAUCAUCUGCCUUCGUAUGAUCUCACAAAUGUAGCUCCUCAUCGUGGUAAUCGAGUCAUGUCGGACUCCUUAGGUGUUUUAGAAAAUAUGAUACCAGUCACCAAAUUGAUGUUUAGCAUCUCCAGACAUCAGACACGGCAGUUUUCUUUUCCAGCUCUGGAAACAUUCCUCUCCAUCCCCACAUUUAACUCCCACCAUCGAUCAUUCCACGCCAGCUCUCUGUUUUGUAUUUGUCUGUUUCCUAGCUGUAUGCAAAUGUUCUGUUUUUAUUUUUGUGUAUUAUUCCAGGCGUCUCACUGCCAAGUUGCAAAUUUACACACUGUAAGCAACAUACAUAGUAUGUCUUUGUCACCAAAGUAAAAAAAAAAAUCGAGUCUUAAGAGCACUUGGACAGGAUUAAAGAUAUAUACAGUUUUUAGUGGUGGAUUAAGAAUCAAAACGUAGUUGUGUUGUCAGUUGUUCACUGGCGAGUGUUGCACUUUGACAUUUGAAAUGAUCCAUUAUUGUCAGCUUGCCUUAUUUUGUCAUGAAAGUUGUUUGUUAAAUUGAAAUUAAUUAAUUUUGAACUGAUGAUAUUAUAUACUAUUGACAAAAUCAGACCAGUUAGUGUUCAGAACUGCCAUGUGAUUUAUCCACCCCCCCCCCCCAAUCACAUUUGCUGGCAAGCAUGAUGACACGUUUCGGUCAGUAGCUGCAGAUGUCAUUUACCACUGUGAGGUGGUUAUGGGCCAUUUUAUGUGCCAAUUUACCUCCAGGAACAGCAGGUCUAUCGUACAUCUGUCAGCUGACCUGGUCACAGUACAGACCUUUAAGCAUAAAAAAAAAAUUGUGUGAUUUCUCUGGCAGUUGCUGCUUCCGCUGGAUACCAAAGUUAACGUGGGUUUGUUGUAGGAAUGGACACGGUGUACACGUGGUUUGUUUUACUCUCGUUUUUAUUUGGUCAGAAUUGAACAGGCACACUUCCACUGAUCUGUAUUAAACGUUCGCUAUGGACCAGUUUUCA